GGCCUUUGAAGCGCGCGGCUAGACGGACGGGUUACUGCCGGCAGCGGCAGUUGCUGGAGGAUUCGCCUGCUGAUCGCAGAACUUACCUGGCGGCUGGCAGUGACACUUGUGCAGACGCGCUAGCGCUACCUCACUUCGUGUGCAGACGUGAAAACAAGGACAGACGAUGUUGCUGCAGUUACUGGCCGCCCUCGUGCUGGCGUGUGCCACCUUGCUCCUGUACGCCUACUUCUCCUACACUUACUGGACUCGACGCGGCAUCCCGCAGCUUCCGAAUGCACGAUUCCCCUUGGGCCACGUGUGGCGGGCCAUAACGUUCCAGCGUUCCUUCGGCCAGGUCUGCUGCGACCUCUAUUCGGGAGUGCCAACCUCGAAGCCUCUAGCCGGCGCCUACUUCUUCACGAAACCCGCCGCCGUCGUGAGGGAUCCGGAUCUUAUCAAGAAAAUGCUCGUCAAGGACUUCCAGCACUUCCACGACCGUGGCCUCUAUAUCAACGAGGACGUCGACCCGCUGACUGGCCACCUGUUCCUGCUGCCGGGGGAGCGCUGGCGCCUGCUCAGGAACAAACUCUCCCCUACGUUCACCUCAGGAAACAUGAAGAUGAUGUUUCCGACUAUGGAGAAAUGCGGCCGUGAGUUGUUGGAAGUGCUGGGCAGCGCCGGGGAGGUGGAGUUCCGCGACGUGCUGGCUCGCUACUCCACCGACGUCAUCGCCAGCUGCGCCUUCGGAGUGGAGGCGCACUGCCUGCAACAUCCCGACGGCGAGUUCCGCUACUGGGGGAAGCGCCUGCUCAACCCCACCACCGGCGAAAUGCUCACCAAAACGUUUUGCGACAUGUUCCCUGCCAUUGCCAACAUCUUUCGGAUCCGUUCGGUGCCUGCUGAUGUGGACAAUUACUUCACGAGUUUAGUGAAGAACACGAUGCACGAUCGAGAUACUCACGGGACGUCGAGGGCGGAUUUCAUACAUUUACUCAUGCAACUGCGAGGCAACGAAUCUGCCAACGAAAACUGCAGCCAGAAGCAAUCUGAUACAAAGGACGUGAAACUGGGCCUGGGACAGCUUGCAGCGCAAUGCGUCGUGUUUUUCGUGGCGGGCUUUGAGACAUCGGCAACAACCAUGGGAUUUGCGCUGCACGAACUGGCCUGGAACCAGGACAUCCAGAGGAAAUUGCAGCAGGAGGUGGACGACACACUGAAGGAGUCUGGCGGACAGCUGACGUACGACGGCGUCAUGAGCAUGACGUAUCUUGACAAAGUUAUUUCAGAGACGCUGCGGAAGUAUCCUCCGGUGCCGCUGCUGAACCGCGAGGUGACGCAGCCGUACAGCGUGCCGGGCACCGACUGGACGCUGGAGAAGGGCGUCGCCGUCUUCUUCCCCGUGAUGGCAAUGCAGUACGACCCGCAGUACUUCCCGCACCCGGAACGCUUUGAUCCAGAGCGCUUCUCGGAAGAAGAGAAGAGCAAGAGGCCCAGCUGCGUGUAUCUGCCGUUCGGCGAUGGACCACGAGCUUGUAUCGGUAUGCGGUUCGGCAUCAUGCAGACAAAAAUCGGCCUGGUUAGCUUGCUUAGUCAGCUGAACAUCGAGCCUCGAGCCGGCACGGUUAAGGAGCUCACUAUGAAUCCACGUUCGUUCAUCUUGAACCCGGUGUCUGGGAUUCAGCUGCGUUACACCGCAAGAGCUAAACAGAAUAAAUGACAACAGAAGCAUUCUUAAGACCUAAUCAUCUGAAAAAUACUUCUCCGAAAAUAAAUUAUUAGCUGCAGUAUUUGCUUACACGCAGGUGUCCGUGCAAUCACGAUUCGGUGCCUCUCCACUUGGUCCUGCCUAUAUUAACGGGUUGACAGGUACUCUCGCAUAACACGACUUCAUGGGCUUUCUGUUACAACUGCAAGCGAAAUGAUUCUUUGAAUGAGUCGGUGGGUAGGAAACCCAUUUCAUUUGUUUUUCUUAUUUGUAUAUGAUAGGCCUGUCAUGCCGUAUCAUGCUCUUGUCAUUUGUGAGUUAAUUAUGUAAUGUGUGUAAAGAAUUACUUUAUUCAAUGAAUAAACGCUACUUUUUAAAUAUA